CUGUCCUGCAGGCAGAUGGACAUCAGCUUGUUCUGGAAGAGAUACCAGACUGGAACGCUGUAGAGCUGUAGAGCUCCCUGGUCAACGGGGAGACUGUAUUUUGCUGCAACAUCAAUGACCUGGAUUUUGGUGAUGGCAAGUCGGAUCCACUUUGUGAAGAAGCCAAAAAAGCAGUGUUAAAUGCUUACUGA